AUGGGUGGAGGCUGCAAGAAGGAGUAUCGACUGCGAGAUGAUGUUGUGAGCGAGAAGGGCCAAACCAGCUCCAAUUUCCCUCUGGCUAGCCAGGCCCCCUCCCUCCCUUCCGGGUCUCUGAAGACCAAACAUGGGGAAAAUUCUCCUGAAGCCAACCCGACCGCCUCCGACAUGCUCGCCCGGGCGCAAAGUCCAGCCUGCGCUGCUGUCAUGCCGCCAAACCAGUUCCUCCCAUCGUCGCAGCGCAGCAUUACGGAGGGUUCUGACUACAGGCCGGUUUGCGAUGUUGCAUCAGACGCAGCUUUUCCUCGGAUGGGAUUGGGAAUGGGGCGAUUAUGGUCGCCUUCACACGAGCCUGAUGCCAAGAAGCCGUACACAGCAGAGUUUGGCUGGGGCCAGUCGCGAACGACUCCACGGACGGGCCUACCGAGUCUGGCAGUUGGCACUCUUCUGUUUACGGACGUGGCUAGUAAAAGAGGGUCGCUGAAAGUCCUGAUCAAGUAUUGA